UUUCAUCGCACGCAAACGCAGGUCGGUCGUCCAGUUGGAAAUCUACCAGCAGCCGGAAAACUCCAGUGGUUAGCAGCAUGUCUCUCAGCGCGGAAACGGUCCAAACUACGCCCUACGAGGGCCAGAAGCCAGGCACCAGUGGAUUGCGCAAAAAGGUGAAGGUUUUCGUGCAGCCCAACUACACGGAAAACUUUGUCCAGGCCACUCUGUCCGCCAAUGGAGCUGCCCUCGCUGGCUCCACUCUGGUCGUGGGUGGCGAUGGGCGCUACUACUGCAAAGAAGCUGCGGAGCUGAUUGUCCGAAUCGCGGCUGCCAACGGCGUGUCCAAGUUGCUGGUUGGCCAAAACGGCAUCCUCUCCACUCCGGCGGUGUCCAGCCUGAUUCGUCACAACAAGGCCUUAGGUGGCAUUGUCUUGACUGCUUCCCACAAUCCGGGCGGCCCCGAGAACGAUUUCGGCAUCAAGUUCAACUGCGAGAACGGUGGACCAGCCCCGGACGCAUUUACCAACAGCAUCCACAAGCUGACUACCGAGAUCAAGGAGUACAAGCUGGUGCGUGGCCUGCAGAUCGACAUCGCCAAGGUGGGCGUGAGCAACUUCGACAUUGCCGGCAAGCCCUUCACCGUGAACGUCAUCGAUUCGGUGGCCGACUAUCUGCGCCUCAUGGAAGAGAUCUUUGACAUGGGCAAACUCAAGGAGUUUGUCAGCGGCAAGGUCACGGGCAAGCCUCUGAAGAUGAGGAUUGAUGCAAUGAACGGUGUCACCGGGCCCUACGUGAAGGAAAUCUUUCUGAAAAGCUUGGGUGCCAGCGAGUCCUGCGUGGUCCACACCACUCCACUGCCAGACUUUGGGGGACUGCACCCCGAUCCGAAUCUGACCUACGCCAAGGAUCUGGUUGAUACAGUCGCUCAGGGUGACUACGAUAUAGGAGCCGCCUUCGACGGUGAUGGCGAUCGCAACAUGAUCAUCGGCCACAAGGCUUUCUUCGUGACACCUAGCGACUCGCUGGCCGUGAUUGCCCAUUACCUGGAGGCCAUUCCGUACUUCCAGAAGAACGGCGUCCAGGGAUUCGCUCGCAGCAUGCCCACCGCUUCGGCUGUGGAUCUCGUGGGCAAGAAGCUCGGCAAGGAGGUCUUCGAGGUGCCCACGGGGUGGAAGUACUUUGGUAAUCUCAUGGAUGCCGGACGCCUGUGUCUGUGCGGCGAGGAGAGCUUCGGCACCGGCUCCAAUCACAUCCGCGAAAAGGAUGGCAUCUGGGCAGUCCUCGCCUGGAUCUCGGUAAUGCAGCACACGGGCAAGGGAAUCGAGGAUAUCCUUAAGCAGCACUGGUCCACCUACGGCCGCAACUAUUUUACCCGCUACGACUACGAGGAAUGCGCCUCGGAUCCCUGCAACGAGAUGAUGGACACCAUGGAAAAGACCAUCACGGCGGCAGGAUUUGUCGGCAAGAGCUUCUCCAGCGGCGGCAAAAGCUACAAGGUGAAGGAGGCGGACAACUUCAGCUAUACAGAUCCCGUGGACAAGUCGGUUGCCACCAAGCAGGGUCUGCGCAUUGUCUUCGAGGACGGCAGCCGCAUUGUGGUGCGUCUCAGUGGCACAGGCAGCUCCGGAGCCACAGUGCGCUUGUACAUUGAUUCGUAUGAGAAGGAGAAUGUCUUGGGCCAGGCUAGCGUCAUGCUGAAGCCCUUGAUUGACAUUGCCCUGGAGAUUUCUCAGCUGCCCAAAUUCACUGGCCGCAAUGCUCCCACCGUCAUCACGUAAAUGAGCCCACUCCAUGGGAGAGGGGGAAACGGAUAUUACUUACUCAUCCUGAAUCCUGAUCCUCAUCCUCAGUUCGUUGCUGUUGUUGUGCCCCACUCCUAUCUCCAUUUGCACCUCAGCGAGGCAUUUCUUUGUUAUGUUUUGAAUUUAUUAAAGUUUGUGUAGCCUAA